AUGUAUUGGCUGGCGUCGGCGAAUGGGAGGCUUGCUAGGAGCGACGACAAAGGCCAUGCCGAAGCCGCUAAGCAUCCGCUGCUGAGGGCUGAUGGCGAAGACAAAGGUUGUAGAGAAGGACGAGACGUUGCCGUUUGGAGAAUCUUUGAACCGGAUUGGUUUGGUAUAGAAAGCGUGACCGGUUUUGCGAGGUUGCGUUGGUUAGCUUCAAUAAACCGUUGGAAAGGGCUUGGACAGAGUUGCUUGAAGUUGGUUCCUGCUGCUGGAGCGUUUGUAUGCAAGGCCAGGCUGAUCAAAAGUCCAAGUCUUGGGGAAACAUUAACUACCAUUUGCAGAGGAGGAGGUGUAUUUGGUUGGACCUUUGGGCAAGAAGUCGCGAACCACGCGCUGCAGCUCUAUAAGCUGGACACAAUGGCGGCUCAAGUUAAGUUCAUGGAAUGGUGGGAACACAAGUCUCACUGA